AACCGCCGGCAGGAUCGCGCGAGUGGCCAGUCCGGCACUCCGCGUUCGGUGCUCCAGCCCGCGCGUCCCCAACGGUCCCCCAACAGCCGCCCAGGCCCGAGGGUGCCAUGAGAAGCCCGCGCUGCGCCCGCCUGCUGCUUCUGCUGCUGCUGCUGCCGCUGCUGCUCACGCCUCCCGCCGGCGACGCCGCGAUCAUCACUGGGGCCUGCAAAAAUGACCCCCAGUGUGGUGGAGGCAUGUGCUGUGCUGUUAGUAUCUGGGUUAAGAGCAUACGGAUCUGCACACCGAUGGGCAAAGUGGGAGACAGUUGCCAUCCGAUGAGUCAUAAAAGCCAUUUUGGAAAUGGAAGGUAGGAAAGAAGAAAGAGGAAGAGAAGAAAAGGUAAGGAGAACAUGAGCAUGGUUCCAUAUAUGGGGGAAAGAAAGCAUUACACAUGUCCAUGCCUGCCCGACUUAGCCUGUUCACGGAAUUCGUCUAAACGAUAUACUUGUUCAGCCCGGAAGUAAUCACUUUAGAGGAGAAGCUUUGAAUGUGAACGGCCACACGAUAUCUGUAAAGCCUGUUCACCUGUGAUUGUGUCAAAUAAAUAAUAUGCCAGAAAGAAAUGCUAUUGCUUCCUCAGUUCUCUAAGUCACAUUUCCCUCUUUGAUUUUUAAAUGAUGUUGUACUUUUUUUUUUUUGAUUGAAAGGGGAUUUACAUUUUGAAUAGAAACAUAAAGCGCAGGACACUAUGGAACAGUUUUCAUUUCCCUGUUUGUGUUUUCAUUUGGCUUUUUUUUUUUUAAUGUCAAUAACUCAUCCAUUUUCACAGAAGUGCAGAGAAUACAAAUUUGUUAUUUUGUUACAGAAAUUUUUUUCCCCUAAACAUACCCUGCCUCCAGCCCUGUCCCAUCACACACAAGCACACACGCACACUUGGGUCGCUUUCCUUCAUUCCCCAAUGAAUUUUAAGACUCUCAUUUUAUUGUUUGGCAUUUCCCUCCCUGACCCUCUAGCAUUUUAAAGUGAGGAUCCAUAUCCUUGAGCUUGCUGGCAGAAUCACUGAUGAGAAUCAAGCUUUCUUGCCUGAUACUUAAACAGUGGAAACCCUAAACUUCUCUUAUAGGGAGUAGAGACAGGGCUGCUUCUGAACUUUGACUGAACCUGCUUACGUAAGUGGGUUUCAGGUCUGCGGGUGACCAGUGUAAGGUCAGAGAGAAUGGGAAGUCAAAUUAAUUUAGUCCAGAUUUAUAGAUUUGGAAUUUUUUUAAAAAAACAUUUUCCAGUACGAUACUACAUUUAUUUCUUUUUCCUUUUAUAAAGAUUUUUUUAAAAACAAAAGUCUCCUAGUUAGAGAUGUUCCAGAAAAUGUCACUUGAAGAGGAGGUAUUGAUUUUAAUCUGGCAUAACACUAGUUACCAUUUUAAAAUCAGUAUUAAUUUGUCAUUUAAACUUUACCUGUAACCCAAAGGUCUGUUGUAAUGGAUUGCCUGACACCCUGUCAUUUGUACGUACCACUAUUGCUGUGUAAAAAUUCUGUAUCAGAACAAUGACAGUACUGUAUAUCAUUUGAUUUAUUUUUAAUAUUAUAUCCUUAUUUUUGUCACAGUUGUCAGUUUUUAUUACAAGCGGAUUUCUAUAUAGCCCAUAUUAAAAAAAUGGGUAAAGACUCCAGAGUUCAUAAUAUAGCCCUAACAGUGUGUACAUUUUCCUUUUACAUACAGGAAAGUUCUGCUUGCAUGAGUUUUGUGGUAGUACAAAAAUAAUGUGUAAAUCGGUGAGGUUUGGGGGAAUGAAGGAAAAUUACGACAUGCAUAACUGUAAUGAAAAUGGACUCAUGGCAUUUCACUGUCUUGAUUCAGCAAAUAGUAAUGGGUAUUGAUCAUAAGUGGUUAGACAGGGCGCUAGGUCCUGGCCUAUGGCGAUGCCGGUGUAGCCUGGCCUUGAAAAAACCCAGCAAGUAUUGUAAAUGGAUUCAAAUUUGCAAAUAAACAACU